AUGGCCGAGUCCGCUGUUAGAAUCGUGGUUGGGAGUGUGGGUAAUCUCGCUGUUCAGGAGACCAAAUUCCUAUGUGGAGUCACCCGUGAAGUGACCUUCUUGAAAGAUGAGCUGCUGAGGUUGCAGGCCUACCUCAAAGAUGCUGACAGGAAGAGGAGAUCAGGAAAUGCUAGAGUUGAUGUCUUGGUGAGCCAGAUAAGGAAUGCCGCUUACGAAGCUCAAAAUGUCAUCGAAGCCGCAGAUUACAUGGAGAAGAGAAACAGGCUCAAGAUGGGAUUCAUGGGUGCUAUUUCAAGGUAUGCUCGCCUACCGUGUGACUUGGCCACCCUUCAUAAAACAGGUGUUCAAAUUCGACACGUAAGAAGGAAGCUCAGCGAGAUCUUUGCAAGUGCAGAAAAAUUGAAUAUUGAUUUGGAUCAUACUGUUCUUACUGAGGUUGAGUUUCCACAAGAUUAUGGUCCUAUGUAUCAAAACUUUGAAGAUGAUGUUGUCAUGGUUGGUUUUGAGGAUGACCACAAACAAAUAGUGGACAAGUUAGUUGAAAGUAACAAAAUGCUAAGUGUUGUCUCCAUAGUUGCCAUGGGCGGGGUGGGAAAGACGACACUUGCUAGAAAAGUCUGCACUUCAUCUAGAGUCAAACGCCACUUUGACACAAUUGCUUGGGUGACGGUAUCUCAAAAGUUCAAGGGCUUUGAUUUGCUAAAGGAUAUUAUGAAACAAAUAAUGAAUAUAAUUGCAAACAUGCCUCACCUUGUUGAAGUUGAACUAUAUAAGUUGAGUGCGCUUCAUAAAUUUCCUGAGAUCCAUCACUUUGCACAAAGCAUAAGAAGUUUCAAUCUAACUGCUUAUGCCAUUGAACAAGACCCGAUGCCGGUGUUGGAGAAGCUUCAGUCUCUUGUGGUGUUGAAGUUGGAGGGGUACAAAGGCCAAAGCAUGUCAUGCUCCACGGAGGGUUUUCCUUGCAUGUAA